AUGGGCAUCCAUGUACGAGUCAUAAUAUCGAUGGAAUGUCCUCAUUACUGCGUUUGCUCUUUCAGCGAUAUGAGUUUUGGUUGCCGCUCCAACUUAUCCAUUCUGUCAAGAUUAGAUAACAAUAAUACAAAAUCGAUUACUUUACAUAACCAAGAUAUAACGGUUUUACCUAAAGCUAGCUUCGCUAAUUUCGUUAAAUUAGUUAGUUUAACCAUUAAUUAUGCCGAUAUGAAGACCUUAUCAGUAGAUUCAUUCUUAGGUAUAUACAAUAUUGAAACUUUGGAUUUUUCUCACAAUUCAAUUGUUUAUAUUGAAGAACGUUCCUUUUAUGAUCUACAAAAUCUAACAAGACUAAUCCUUUAUAAUAAUUCCUUGGAACAUAUACCUUCGAUAGUGAUGAAUUAUUUAAACAGAAUCCAUGUACUCAAUGUAGGAAUGAAUAAUAUCUCUGUUCCAUUUUUCGGCAAAUGUUAUAGAAAUCUAACAGUUUUACAGGUUAUAAUAAUGAACAACAAUCCUAUACGACAGAUAACGCAUUUCGAUUUUGUCAAUUUGAAUUAUUCUAACCUUAACCAAUUAGAUUUAUCUUCCUGUCAAAUCAAUUUCUAUAUAAUUUACAGUCAUUUUUAUAUGUUUCGCAACAUUCAAUGGCUAAAUUUAGCUAAUAACAUUAUCGAACCCGACAAUAUUCGGGCUAUCUUGGGGUCUUUUGCACCCUUCAAGUUGAAGUUCUUAAAUCUAUCAUUCAUUGAGGCUAGACACUUUGGAACUCACACAUCAAUUUUUAGUCUAUUUUAUCCUAAUAGAAUUAAAAGCAUUGAUUUUUCCGGUAAUAAAUUUAUUCGUCUAAAUCAGGAAGAUCUGAGAGGAUUAAACAAAGUUGUUACUCUAAAUUUUGAUAAUAAUCGAUUAAAAUAUUUAAAUAUAGCUGCGAGUUAUAUUGCAUUAAAAUAUUUAAAGCUUAAUUAUAAUUCGUUUAAAAAUACCUCAUGCCAAUCCUUCCAAAUACCAAAAUUUAUCACAAAAAUCGAACUAAACUACAAUAAAUUGGAUAUCUUUGACGGAAAAUGUUUUUCGCCUAAAUUAUUGUGGUUAGGUUUAUCACAUAACAAUUUAAAAUUAUUGAAAAAUAUAGACACCUUAAAAAGCCUGAAGGUUCUAGAUUUAUCUGGUAAUUUUUUAGAUCGCGUACCAACAAUGAUAACUUACUCGCAGCUAGAAUAUUUAUAUAUUUCGGGUAAUAUUAUACGAGCAUUGAAAACGGAGGAUUUUAAUGGUUUAACCUCGUUAAAAUACCUCGAUCUGGCGCACAAUCUGAUUCACACGAUUGAACCAUUCACGUUUACUAAAUUAAAUUCAUUAUCCACACUCAUGCUUGAUUAUAAUCCUUUAACGCACAUUUACAAUGACACACACUACAAAUCGUUAUCCAAUUAUUCCUCGUCACAUGUACACAUCUACGAUUACCUUACAGCCAGUUCCUUAUCGAUGAGCUACAAUAACUUAACCGACCAAUCAAUAUCGGGGAUAUUUUCCCACGUUUCUUUCCCAAACAUUACUUACAUAAAUUUAACCGGGAAUAUGCUGCGAAUAUUUAACCCAGCCGUCUUUUUAAGCUUUAUACACUUGAAAAGUUUAAAUUUAUCAGGAAACUCUAUCAGAACUAUUUCUCCGGACUCCUUCACGCACACCUCUCCUUUACAAUCCUUAUCGAUUUUAGAUCUAAAAGGUAAUAAUAUCACGUGCGAAUGCAAUUUACAUCAAUGGUUGAUCAGACAAUUUUGGUUGUUAAAGAAUUCGUUUGACCUUAGAGUCGAAAAAACGUGCUCUGCCUAUCACAAUUAUAACAACCGCACAGUGACUAAUAACACUUUCGAUUUUUUUCUUAAAGACGAAUUUUGUUCAAAAUUAUAUAUGUAUAAAGCUUACGAAAAAAUAUUUAAUAUAGAUUAA